UCCCAAAAAUUAUUUUCUCUCCAUUCACGUCCACCUUCCUUUCUCUUCCCAGGAAACAUACAUAACCAAAAUUUGGAGGGGAGGAGGAAGAGACAGACAGCGGAAAACAAAACAAAAUUCCUGCCAGAAGGAAUAAGGAGAUCUUGCAAUAACCGAGACCCAUUUUCUUGGGUAACAUACACAUAGAGAGAGAAAGUAUUUAGAGAGAGAGAGAGAUGUGGGAAUCGAUCUUUCUAACGGUAGCAGCUACCGCCGGCAACAACAUCGGAAAAGUCCUCCAGAAGAAGGGCACCCUUAUUCUACCCCCUCUCUCUUUCAAGCUCAAGGUACUAAGAGCAUAUGCUUUAAAUAAAGCAUGGGUCAUAGGACUUCUAAUGGACUUAUUUGGAGCCGCUCUCAUGUUACAAGCAUUAUCUCAAGCUCCUGUAUCUGUCAUCCAACCAGUUUCUGGCUGCGGACUUGCUAUUCUUUCUGUCUUUUCCCAUUUUUACCUGAAGGAAAGAAUGAAUAUGAUUGACUGGCUGGGGAUAACUUUGGCUGCUAUUGGCACCAUAGGAGUUGGGGCCGGAGGGGAGGAGCAAAAGACUUCUUCGAUUUCUAUAUUCCACUUACCUUGGGUGGCUUUUAUUGUUGCUAUCUUGUUUGUACUACUUAAUGGAUGGCUUCGCAUCUACAGACGUCAGCGAAGAGAACAGGAGCUGAUGCAAUCUGAAGUUGUAGAGGAAAUUAUAUAUGGAUUGGAAUCUGGCAUUUUGUUUGGGAUUGCAUCUGUGAUAUCAAAGAUGGGAUUUGUAUUCUUGGAGCAGGGUUAUUCCAAGUUGGUGGUUCCGGCAUGCAUCUCAAUCAGCAUGUGCUCUAGUGGUACGGGAUUUUUUUACCAGACACGGGGCUUGAAGCAUGGGAGAGCAAUUGUAGUGUCUACAUGUGCUGCUGUGGCGUCAAUUGUGACUGGUGUACUUGCCGGAAUGGUUGCUUUGGGUGAACGGUUGCCUUCUGCACCAAUGGCCCGGCUUUCACUUUUGUUGGGAUGGGUGUGCAUCCUUCUGGGUGUGGUGCUGCUUGUAACUUCGACACGGCUGAUGCGAUACCUUCCGAGGCCGUUGCGUCAUUUUAUGCCAGGCAGCAUCGAUAGGAAUUCCAGCCUCAGGCGACAUGGAUCGCUCCAUGCUACAAGUAGGGAUUCAAGUCCAAGUGCUGUCAUCCAUGCAACCACAUUGCAUCAUUUGCUGUCGUCUCCCUCUAAAGAGAAGCCUUGAAUAUAAAGUGUUCUCAUUAGGGAGUUUUCACUCAAAUGCACCCCCUGUUUGUCCCUCUCUAUACCUACCUUGUGACAUAAAAUGUACAAAAGGCCAUCUGCUUUUGGGUUUUAAUUGGAAGACAUUAUAAUCAUUCCUUCAUGAGACACUUGUUUUUGCAGAAAUUUGUUUAUUUGUUUCUCUUCCUUAUACACGAUAAAACCUUGAGUGGUGCCAGUAAAAUUUAUUUCAGCAUUUUUUUUUGUGAUAA